CCUCUAAGUCCUACUUCUACAUCUUCUAUAUAAGAGAGAUUAAAAUAAAACAACAUAAUGCUUCUCUUUGUUCACUCCGCUCCUUUCUUCUUCUUCCUCUUCUUCUUCUUCUUCUUCUUCUUCUCAGCAGUGCUUUGAGCUGUUUUUUCUGAUCAGAGUGAAUUUGAAGUUGUUUAAGCAUAAUUUUUGGCAAUUCAAUUCUAGCCAUCCAAACAGUGUUAUUGUUAUUGUUGGAGAAAUGGAUAACUCUGAAUUGCAAGAUAUGGGAAUUGGGCAAAUGCUAUCAGAAGCAGCAGCAACACAGCCAUCAGAUGGAGCAUUAAGAGACUAUUUAUUCUCUUCACUUAACAAACACAACAACAUUUUAUCUCUCACAUUUGAUGAAAUCCAAUGCAAGAGUGGGAAGAACUUUGGGGGUAUGAGCAUGGAUGAGUUUCUUGCCAACGUCUGGAAUGUUGAAGAAACUCAAACCCAAUUUCAAUCCCAACCCAAUGAAAAUGAACCUCAACAAAAUUACCCUUAUAUGGCCCCCAAUUCCCGCCCGACGCUCGCUCGCCAGCCCUCAUUCUCCAUCCCCGUUCCUCUCUGUGGGAAAACGGUGGAUGAGAUCUGGUCCGAGAUACACAGAGAACAACAUGCAAAUCGGCAGAACUUCACAAGYGUCCCGUGCCAAAGCCAGCCAGCUUUAGGAGAAAUGACUUUGGAAGAUUUCUUGGUGAGAGCUGGAGUGGUGCAGGAAUCAUCUUGUUCUUCAAUGAAGCAGCUGCCCUGUUCUCCAAAGSAGAGCAAUAGCAAUACCUUCUAUGGAAAUAACAGGCCAAUGGUGGAUUUGGGGUAUGGGAUGGGGGACAAAUUGGGGCUUUCAUUGUCCUAUCAGCAGAAUGCUGCAAGAAAUAUGCCUGGGAUUUGCUUCCCAACUUACCAAAUCCUCAGCCACCACUCAGUUGGGGAACCAUCUGAUAGCAAUUCAAUCCACAAAUGCCAUAGCAUGACUGAUUGGGUUGAGCACAGCAACAAGAGGAGGAUAAUAGACGGUCCCCCGGAAAUCGUGGUGCAGCGGAGACAGCGCCGAAUGAUCAAGAAUCGGGAGUCGGCCGCGCGAUCUCGGGCUAGAAAACAGGCAUACACAGUGGAGUUGGAAGCUGAGCUGAAUCAUCUAAAAGAAGAGAAUUUAAAACUAAAGCAAAUUUUGGCUGAAUCUGAGAGGAAGAGAAUGCAAGAGAGUUUGUGGAACAUAUCAAUGGCAGAUGGUGCAGAGGAAGGAGACUGUGAAGAGGCAGAAGCCUACAGAGAGGCUGAGGACAAUAAGGAGGGUGGGGAGCAUGUGUUGGUGAAGGAGGAGAGAGGAUAAUUAAGUUUGAUUAUGUAAAUGGUGAAAUUUUACAGCAAGUGAUGGAGUGGAGAUUGUGUCUCAGAAAAUAAAGAAGGAAAUAUGUAUUAUUCACUCUCUUACUCACAUAAAGUUGCAUAAUGGAAAUCAAGCUUUCCUUUCU